GCACUAUCACCCUCAUGGCUUGCAGAUCUGUAUCUCAUCAGCCAAUGAGGGUGUUUUGUUCCUGAAAAAGAUGGGGCGGUGCUGCAUGGGAGAGCCCAGGACCCAGCUCCAGUACCACGAUGACCUCCUCCCAAUAAGGUAGUGGGGCCCCAAAUCCAGGGCUGGCAUUGGCCAGGGCAUCUCGAGUCCCACCUGCCUGACAACGUCAACCCGCUCGGAUGAGAUUGCGCUGCUUCCUGCUGCCCUGCUGCCCUGCUGCCCUGCUGCCCUGCUGCCCUGCUGCCCUGCUGCCGUUGCCGCACACACACAGAACCGGCUGACAGGCAGACAGGAUGCAGAGACAACUGGUACUUGUGGGUGGAAAAGGAGGCGCACCCGCCCCCGUCCCUGUCCAUCCCACACAGUGGCCCCUGCCGCCCCCAUCCCACCCAUCCCACCUGCCCACCCGGCCGCAAUAUCAACCUCGUCGGCCUUCCUUGCCUCGCCCGCACGUCCUUGCUCCUUCUCUCCCCAGCCAGCAGCUCUCAAAUACACUCGCUCACUCACCCAGCUUGCCUCGCGCAGCCUUACAUUCGCUACUACAAACUCACUCACGACUUUGACCGACGCCCCAGACUCACGACGACAAAGUUCACUGAAUUCCUUUCUCAUUCGACGCAGAUCGCAAAAACCCUGUCGAUAAACAAACACAUCAUCAGCUCAUCCACCGGUCAACCGCACAUCACAACCCCUCUCCCAAGAUGCAGGUCUCAAACAUCCUCCUCACCCUCCUGGCCGCCGGUGCCUCGGUCGUCUCCGCCCAGGACUCAACCACCGUCCUGACCACCUCUCUCACAAAGAGCGUCACCCUGACCAUGGUCUCCCCCACCUCGAGCGUCGUCUCCUCCGCCGUGGACAACACCACCACAAGCGAGUCUGUCGCGGUCCCGACCACCUCCACCUUCUUCCCCAUGGGCAACUCGACCAACCCCUACCCCUCCGGCACGGGUGCCAUCCACACCUCCACCAAGGCCACCGCCACAGCCACCGACUCCUCCGGCGAGUCCAGCAGCGAGACCGGCGCCGCUGCUGCGAGCUCCUCCAGCUCCGCUGCCGUCGCCGGCGCCCAGACCCUGCAGGGCGGCCUGCUCCUCGGCGCCCUCGGCGCUGUUGCCAUGCUUGUCUAAUGGGCUCGCCGAUAGGGGUUAUCAGCUGAAAUCAUCGCGUUGGGGGCAUCGACUUAAUCCUUCGCUUCGGCCUUCACGUCGGAUAUGGGGUCAAUGAUAAAGCGUUUUUCAUUUUAAUUCUCACGGGGUCGAGAAGAUUGGAUGUUUUCUUGGUCGGAGAGGAGAGAGGGACGACAGGACCUGUGAUACCACGACGCAUCUUUUUCUUUGCCUCUGUUGUUUGUUUCUUCCCAUCUAUACACUUCUUGUCGGAUCCAUCAUCAUAGCUGGCUACCGGGCUGGCGCGAUCCUACCUUUUUUCUCGGCCGUAAAUUUGGACUAUCACUCGCCAUAGAACGCUGGAAAAGAGAAAAGUUAUUUUUGGUCCCGAGUUGCAACCUCGUCACCCGAAAGGGGGAAGGAAGAGUUAGUUACGGAGAUGUACGGCGGCGGCAAGCAGUUCAUGGGCUUCAUGUUGCAUAGUUUUAGUACCCAUUUCCCCAAACAGCGGGAUCAAACAUGACUGCAAUCGACACGAAAUGAUGAUCUGCUACUGAA